CCUGGUGCUGCUUGUCUUUAGUGUCAGUUUGGAUUACCGUCAAAUUAACAAACUUGUUUCCAAAUUAGGCGCUACCAAUGUAUCUGGAAUAAAGUUGAUAUAAUGCGAUUUUAUAGCUGCAAAUAUUCAUCACCUCUUACCGUUCAGAUACCAAACAAUCGUCGUUAAAGUUAAUAAUUUUCCGAUACCAUGAAUGGUUAUGUUUCAAGUGCUGUUUAACAAUAAUGGCGGCAAUGUCCCCGUCCGAGCGGAGAUUACAAAAGGAGUUGAUGUCAUUGAUGCGUGAACCACCUCCUGGUGUUCACGUAGAUGGUGAUCAAGCUGGCCAGAAUCUGACACAAUGGAUAAUCCAUAUGGAAGGAGCAAAGGGGACGCUAUACGAGGGUGAAAGAUUUCAGUUGCAAUUUAAGUUCAGUUCCAAGUACCCAUUUGAUUCACCUGAAGUCACAUUUAUUGGAGGCAACAUCCCUGUUCAUCCACAUGUCUACAGCAAUGGUCAUAUCUGUCUGUCUAUACUGACUGAUGAUUGGUCACCUGCUCUGAGUGUCCAAAGCGUCUGUUUAAGUAUAGUUUCUAUGCUGAGCAGUUGCAAAGAAAAGAAAAGGCCACCUGAUAAUUCCUUUUAUGUGAAGACAUGUAAUAAGAAUCCAAAGAAAACGAAAUGGUGGUAUCACGACGAUAGUGUUUGAUUCUUGAACACUAUUAAUCUUGGACUGGCGUGCGCUGACAACUGGCGCAAUUUGGACCGAACUAUUGAUCAUGAUCAGUUGAUCGACGCAAUCUGCGUAUUAAAAGAAUUCAAACAAAGGAACAUAAAAGAGAAACGCGUUUGGGAUCGUAGAAACGUUCUUAUUGUGGCGAUAGUAAAUUAAAUAAAUAUAAUGAAAUAUAAAGUCAUAAAAUAAUACUAUUAACAAUAAAAAUCCAAGAACAGGAAAGAAACAUUGUGAUUGAAUCAGUUGUGUAAACGUUGGAUUAUACAGUAUUAUUAUUUAUCUCAAAGUGUAGAAAAGAGAAAAAAAAUUCAUGACAUAUUCUUAUCCAUGUCAGACAUCAUAUGAUCAAAAAACUAAAUGGCGUAUUAAAAAUUUCAUCGCAGUAAAAUAUCAUCCAUUAGUUAGCAUUAGAAAAUCAAUUUCUCUGUUGCUUGUAAGCAUCAAAAUCGCAUGAGUCAAUAAUUAUUUGUAAAAAAUGGGAAAUUUUUCACAAUCGUAUAAUUUUUAUUUAAAAAGAAUAUAUUAUAUCCUACUUUAAGACACGUUGGAUAUAUUUUCACAUUGAUUUCAGAUGCAUUUUAGAGUUUGGAGAAGUGCCACCAAAUUUGAACCUUAUUUUAAUCAAGGAAUUAAAAUUUAGCUUGAAAAUAUGAAGGAUCAUUUUUUGUAUUACCAGGCCCUGAUUUGUGAUGAAAAUGAUUUUAUUAUCAAGUAACAUAAUUUUUCCUCUUACCUCUCUCACAUAUUAACAUAAACAACUGACCUAGCACAAGUGUAAUAAUUAUUUGUUUACGACGGAUCUCAAUCACAAUUCUUACAACAUUAGAAAAUCAAGAAAAGUAUUUAAUAUCCUAUGGCACUAUUAAAAAGCGCUGAAUAAAUAUUGUCCCUGAGUUUUUAA